CAAUAGACAACUUGUAGUAAGGGGCACCCCUGCGUUCCAUACCAUUCUUUCCUAUAUAUAAGUAGGAUUUGUCUUCCAAGAACUAAUCAAUUUCAUUGUUCAAACCAUGGCAACAAUACAACAUGUCCUAUUGUGUUUGUGGUUCCUCUUUGCUGCAAUCCCCCAAUUUCUGCCCACUUGGGCACAAAUGGAUACUUACAUCAUCCAUAUGGACUCAUCAUCCAUGCCCAAAGCUUUCUCAAGUCAUCAAAGUUGGUACUUGACUACCCUUGAAUCAAUAUCGGAUGCUACAAGUGAAGCCACCAUAGAUUUUCCACCCUCCUCCAAGCUUCUAUAUACUUAUACAAAUGCUCUUCAUGGUUUUAGUGCAAUUCUCUCUCCUUCUGAGCUCAGAGCCAUGAAAGAUUCCCCUGGCUUUGUUUCUGCAAUUAAAGACAAGUCUGUUAAAAUGGACACCACUCACUCCUCCAAGUUUCUUGGACUCAAUUCCAAGUAUGGUGCGUGGCCUAAUUCAGAUUAUGGGAAAGAUGUCAUCAUUGGUUUGGUGGAUUCGGGUGUGUGGCCAGAGAGCAAAAGCUACAGUGACGAUGGAAUGACUGAAAUUCCAUCCCGAUGGAAAGGGCAAUGCGAAAGUGGCACCCAGUUCAACUCCUCGUCAUGCAACAAGAAAUUAAUUGGAGCCCGUUUCUUCAACAAAGGUUUACUUGCCAAAUUCCCCAAUUUGACAAUCUCAAUGAAUUCUACGCGUGACACAGAUGGACACGGAACUCAUACUUCAUCCACUGCUGCUGGAAGUUACGUUGAAGGUGCUUCCUUUUUCGGUUAUGCCUCUGGAACUGCCAUAGGUAUGGCUCCACGAGCUCGAGUGGCCAUGUACAAGGCCCUUUGGGAGGAAGGGACGUACACGUCUGAUGUUGUAGCAGCUAUCGAUCAGGCAUUGAUGGAUGGAGUUGAUGUCUUAUCCAUAUCAUUGGGAAUAGACGGUGUACCAUUUUACCAAGAUCCUGUUGCAAUAGGCACAUUUGCAGCCCUGGAAAAGGGCAUAUUCGUGUCAACAUCAGCAGGAAAUGAGGGGCCUAUCUUUGGGACAUUGCACAAUGGGACGCCUUGGGUUCUUACAGUUGCUGCUGGUACAAUGGACCGCGAAUUCACUGGGACGGUAUUUCUUGGAAAUGGGAUAUCAAUCUCUGGUUUGUCUCUCUACCCUGGCAAUUCUACUGCUGCCAAAGUCCCAAUUGUCUUCAUGAAUAAAUGCGAAAACCAGACAGAACUGAAGGAACUGCAAGGUAAGGUGGUUGUAUGCCAAGACAAGGAUCAGACGUUGAACAACCAAGUCUCUAAUGUUCAAAACAGUAAAGUUGCAGGUGGUGUAUUCAUUACAAACAACACUGACUUGGAAUUCUUCCUUGAAAGUCAAUUCCCAGCUGUGUUUCUAAAUCUUGAAGACGGUGAAGAAGUUUUGGACUACAUUAAAAGUAGCUCAGCCCCAAAAGCAAAGCUUGAAUUCCAUGGAACACAACUCGGAACUAAACCAGCACCAAGAGUGGCUAGCUAUAGCUCCAGGGGCCCAUCGCAGAGCUGUCCCUUUGUCAUGAAGCCCGACAUUAUGGCUCCAGGUGCGUUAGUCUUGGCUGCAUGGCCUCCAAAUUCUCCAGUGACUCUGGUGGAUUCAGGCCAACUUUUCAACAAUUUUAACAUUAUAUCGGGGACAUCAAUGGCUUGCCCUCAUGCUGCUGGAGUAGCAGCCCUUUUGCGGGGAGUACACCCUGAUUGGAGUCCGGCAGCCAUUCGAUCAGCGAUGAUGACCACAGCUGAUAUAUUGGAUAACACGAACCACCCGAUAACAGACAUUGGAUCCGAUAAUGAAGCCGCAAAUCCUUUGGCUAUGGGGACUGGCCAUCUUAAUCCUAACAAGGCUCUGGACCCUGGACUCAUAUACGAUGCUGGAAUAGAAGACUACGUUAAUCUCCUAUGUGCUCUGAAUUACAAUUCCAGUCAAAUUCAGACUGUCACAAGGUCGUCUUCUCACAAUUGCUCAAAACCAUCACUUGACUUGAACUAUCCAUCAUUCAUAGCUUAUUUUGCAGCAAGUGGCAAUCGCUCAACCACGCAAGAAUUCUCAAGAACAGUAACCAAUAUUGGGAGUGAGAUGUCGGUUUACGUUGCAAAAUUGGUGCCAUUGGAUGGAUUUAAAGUCAGUGUAACACCCGACACAUUAUCUUUUAGACAGAAGUAUGAAAAGAAAAGCUACAAAUUGACAAUAGAAGGUUUUUCAGUCCUGAAAAAUUCUGUAGUUUUUGGUUAUCUGAGUUGGGAGGAUACCGGAGGUAACCAUGUCGUCCGAAGUCCAAUCGUGGCCGCGACCCUAACUGUAAAAACAUUGUCAGGACAGAAUUAUUAAUCACUUACAUGUAUACUCUAGUAUGUAUGAUGAUUGAUGAAUAAUUGUUGAAUGAUUACAUUUCUGCAAAAAUUUCAGUGUC